AUGGAACAAUCAGGAGAACUGCUUGUGGCAGCCCACGAAAUAUACGCCCGAAUGGGCUCCUCCUCAUCAGAUACCUCAACGCGACCAGCCUCGUACAAAGCUAUCGGUAUUUCCCUGGCCGUCGCAUCUGGCGCAUUCAUCGGAUGCUCCUUCGUUAUCAAGAAGGUUGGUCUCUUGAAAGCCAACGAGAAGUACAAUGAAGCCCCUGGUGAGGGCUACGGUUAUCUCAAGAAUGCCUGGUGGUGGACCGGCAUGAUUUUGAUGAUCGUGGGGGAAAUCUGCAAUUUCGUCGCAUACGCCUUUACCGAUGCCAUCCUCGUCACUCCUCUUGGUGCCCUGUCCGUCGUCCUGACUGCAGUCCUCUCGGCCAUCUUUUUGAAGGAACGUUUGAGUAUGGUGGGAAAAGUCGCUUGCUUCCUCUGCAUCGUAGGAUCCGUCGUCAUUGUCAUGAACGCGCCCGAGAACUCAGCCGUCGCCAAUAUCCAGCAGAUGCAGAGCUACGUCAUUCAUCCCGCCUUUCUGAGUUACGCAGGUGUCAUCAUUAUAGGUUCUGUCGCAACUGCUCUCUAUGCCGGCCCACGAUGGGGUAAGAAAAACAUGUUGGUCUACAUCUCCAUCUGCAGUUGGGUCGGAGGCUUGAGUGUCGUUGCUACCCAAGGUCUCGGAGCCGCAAUCGUGGCCCAGGCCGGAGGUCAGUCGCAGUUCAACCAGUGGUUUCUUUACGUGCUCCUCGUCUUCGUCAUUGCGACCCUUUUGACUGAGAUCAUCUAUCUGAAUAAAGCACUCAAUCUGUUCAAUGCCGCCCUGGUCACUCCGACAUACUACGUUUACUUCACCAGCACGACCAUUAUCACUUCGGCUGUCCUGUUCAGAGGUUUCAAGGGCACGCCAACGGCCAUCAUCACUGUCGUCAAUGGCUUUUUGACCAUCUGCUCCGGUGUCGUAUUGCUGCAACUUUCGAAAUCGGCCAAGGAUGUCCCCGACACGGCAGUCUUUUCUGGAGACCUUAACCAGAUUCAAACCAUCGCCGAGCAGGAGCAGCCCGAGACGGAACCCAAGGCAGACGCCAUCCGUGGAGCCGCCGCCAUCGUGCGUCGCUUGUCCUCGGCCAGACAGAAGAUGGAAGAGGAGGAGUUCAAGCGAUUGCACGAAGAGAAGUUGCGCGAGUCUCUUGAGCCUGUCAGCGAGGACGGUCAGCCGAUGUACGAAUGGGACGGAUUGAGGAGACGCCGGACGAUGACUGUGGGAAGCCGAAGCACGCGUGGCACUAUCACCUCACCGUUCCCUCUCCCACACUCUGGUGUUCCUUCUGGCGUGCCCUCUGGCGUUCCUCGUACGCCCACUGUUAUUCCCAGCUCCCCGCAAGCUCACCCGCCCCUCGGCAUGUCUCACUUCCCGACCGAAGAAGAGUUGGCCGAACAUGAUCGUCCCUCAUCCCCCGGCAUGCUCUCGAGCAUUGCAGGCACAAUCCGAGAGCGAGCGCGAAGCGUUCUGUCACCGAACCAGCCCAGCUUCGCCCAGGAUCCGAAGGUUCAGAGCCCGAUGCAUCCCGUUCCCUUAACCGAGAUUGCCGUCGCCACCCUCAAGUCGGACGACGAUCACUCUCCGUACUACGGCAGAAGCAGGGAGCACGUUUAUGGACUUCCAGUUGGACAGCAGCACGGAGAUAUGGAGUACGCCGGUGCCGCAGGUGUUUACGAUCAACGCGCUGUAUCGCGAGGUAGCGCCUUCAGCGGCGCGAGCUCUCACUUGGCCCCGACCCCGCCGCCGCACUCAGCAAAGAGACAAUUUUCCUUCUCAAACGUGUUCAAGAGGCAUCACAACGACUCUCCGCAUGCACAUGCACACGCACAUGAAGAGGAGGCGCAUCGACCCACCAGCCGGUAUGGUCUAGGAUCGCGAGGUUACUCCAGCCCACAGGUUAAGAAUGCGACUGAAGAGGAGCGACUUGGUCUUGUGAAGGGUGAUUCCCGCUCGAUGCCCGCUCUCCAGCACUACGACGAUGAGGAAGAGGAGGAAGAUGCGUACAUUGAUGAGGACAAGGUGCGGGCUAUCGACUCGAGCCCCCCGCAAGCCUCGAGGUACGGGCGCGGUAUCACAACGCCACCAAGAAGAGGCAGCGAUCCAAGGGAUCGUGACUAUGAGUCGGAGGCACCCACACCUCCCCCACACCGGCCCCAGCCCGGUGGUAACAGGUUCUUAUAA